GGGCCUCAUUUCGGCCCAAAAGAUUAAAGCAAACCCUUCAAAGCCCAAACCCUUUUGUAAAUAGUACAAAGUACAAACUACAGAACAAAUGAGAAGUGGGCAACAGGUUUUUUUCUCCCCGCAAAAAACCAUAUGCUUCUGAAGCAAUACUAUUCGAACCAUGGACGUCAUGGAAGCCCGUCAAGAAGUUCAAGAAACUGAAGCCGAAGAAGAAGCUCCUUACACUUGCGUUCACUGCCCUACCAAUAACUUCGCCAGGAUCAAAGCAAUCCGUAGCCAUUACAUGGCCAAACAUGGCAGAAUAUCAUGGGAGCAGAUAAAUGACUACAUUCUGAAGCCAAUAAUCAUCCAGACCAAGUUGAAAAGCCAGCAAAAAGCAGCUUUGUGCCAUGAACAAAGAACAUCCUAUUAUGGAAGGAGAAUGUUCAGAACAUACAAGCAAAUUCAAAAUUCUUAUCUAUUUGUGGCUCUGCUGAACUCAACAGGUACAAUUUCACAACUGUUCAAUGCCCAGCAGAGCUAAUUGAUGUUCUGUCAUCGUGCUAUAGAAACUUCAGUUGUUUUGCUCUUGAAACACAUACCGUACGGAAUCGAACAUAAUCAACGUAGGAUUUCAAA